GACGUAGAAUAAAAAAAUGCGUAUUGCGUAAAAACUGUCCACGGCCGGGAAAGCUCGUCGUUGAAUACUGUAGCUAUCACUACGAUGUCCUGCAUGUAUCUGUCUUUACAAGCAAUCGAAUUAUCAACCUUCUCAUGUAACAAGCUGCUUACCUGAAACCUCAUUUUUGGAUAGAGUGAUAGUAGAAGUCUCAUUUCAGUAUGAAUGAGCCAGAGGGACUGCGGUUCAGGAGGCUGAACAGACCACAGAUUAUCACAGACGAAUUACAGGAACCCCAAUACAAGGGCACCAGUACCUACAGUGGAAAGGUAUUCCGUGUGACCCUGGUGACCCUGGGAGGAUGCCUGAUCCUUCCAUUGCUUGUAGUCUUUUUCCUGCUCGAGUCUCCUAUUCACCCUGAGCUGCUCAGCCUCAAUGAGCCUCCCCUUAUGUCUGGGUGUUACGAGCCCAACUUUAAGCUGAGGGAGGCACAGCGGCUGUUUGAGGACCAGCUUGUUGGCCCAGAGUCCAUUGCCAACUUCGGAGAUGUGAUUUACACAGGUACGGCUGACGGGAAGAUAGUGAAGAUUGAAGGCAAGAGCAUCACUGUUAUAGCCAGACUUGGCAAGCCACCGUGUGAUGGAUCCCGUGAGCAGGAGCCUAGCUGUGGACGACCCCUGGGUAUCAGAGUGGGUCCUAACGGCACCCUGUUUGUAGCUGAUGCCUAUCUGGGGCUGUUCGAGGUCAACCCUGUCACAGGUGAGGUGACCAACCUGGUGUCGGCUGGGCAGAUGGUUGGGGGCCGGAGGCUCUCCUUCGUCAAUGACCUGGAUGUAACACAGGAUGGGAGGAAAGUGUACUUCACAGACUCUAGCAGCAGGUGGCAGCGCAGAGACUACCUUAAUCUCAUCAUGGAGGCCACAGCAGAUGGACGUGUGUUAGAGUACGACACAGAGACCAAGGAGGUAACCGUGUUGAUGGAGAACCUUCGCUUUGCCAACGGGAUCCAGCUUUUCCCUGAUGAGGAGUCUGUGCUGGUGACUGAGACUACCAUGGCUAGGAUUCGCAGGGUUCAUGUGUCAGGUCUAAAUAAAGGAGGAAUGGACACGUUUAUUGACAACCUGCCUGGUUUCCCUGACAACAUCCGUCGCAGCUCUUCUGGAGGGUACUGGGUGGCCAUGUCAGCGGUGCGGCCCAACCCUGGCUUCUCCAUGCUGGACUUCCUGUCCCAGAAGCCCUGGAUCAAGAAGCUCAUCUUUAAGCUCUUCAGCCAAGACAUGCUGAUGAAGUUUGUGCCUCGCUACAGCCUGGUGAUAGAGCUGCAGGAGAGCGGGACGUGCGUGCGUAGCUUCCAUGACCCCCACGGUAUGGUGGCGGCCUACGUCAGUGAGGCACACGAGCACGACGGCCACCUCUACUUAGGCUCUUUCCGCUCCCCUUACCUCUGCAAGCUGGAUCUCAGCAAGGUGUGAGCUGGGAGCUGAGCACAACCACUUUCUCAGACGAAACCUAUAUAUGAGACUGCUGUCUACCUACCUAACACCUCACUACCUAGUCUGUUUUCCAAUAACAGCAAAUACAUCAGAAUUGAAAAGAAUGGCUUAAUGCUUGAUGUGCUGCAUUUGCAUUGCUUUUCACCAGCUUCAGGAAAAAUGGACUAGUCUUCAUUAAGUAUCUGCACUAUUAAGGCACAUUUGACUGGGAUGCAUAUCCAUCCUUUCUAGUCUUAUCAGCCUACAAUUAACUAUUAACCCUUUAAUUUCUGUUGACAGUGCAUCUCAGUAGUUUUUUAUUUAGGAAUGUUUUUUAUUUAACCAAACAGUCUUUGGGCCAAAUAGUUUGCCCAAAAAUCCCCAUGUUGUAAGUACACUGUUUUUCAGGUCUGUGUUUUGGGUUGUUGAAAUGUGCCAAAUUUGUUCUUAUUUUUGUUUGUUUAAACCAUUCAGUAUCUCAACUUUUAAUUUAAUUUUUGCACUAAGCUCUCAUCUCACCCUUAAAUAUAACUGACAAUGUUAUUAUUGUACUUGGGAGAAUUUCAAAGUCUUAAUUUUAUCAGUUGAAAUACACACCGAAUCAGUAUUAUUUUAGGAGUGCCACUUUGAACUGAUUUAUUUUGUUGUGUAUAUUUAGAAAUCAAAGAUCUUGUUCAUCAUAAUAAAGGUGAUGCAAAAAGAAUCCAAAAUAAGUAUGAAUCAUUUCCUCUCGUUUUGAUACAUUUCAUCUGCUUUUGCAUAUUGCACUGUCAACUACCUUACGUAAUGUAAAUGUUUUGCUCGUUGUUGAAUGCUGCUGGCCUUCAGCUGAGUUUCCUUUGAAUUAAAACAGUAAUGUUUUAAAA